UCUUGCAGGCUUAUUUCACAAAGCAUGUCUCUCAUCUUGGUGAAUGAAGAUUCUUUGGAUGCAACCAGGGCUGCCCUUACACAGCACUGCACAAACUUGGGAGAUUCACUAGGCAAAGAAAAUGAUAUUGCCGUGAUUAUUGAUGGCCAGACACUGAAGUAUGCUCUCUCGUUUGAGGUCAGGCAGAGUUUUCUGGACUUAGCACUGUCCUGUAAGGCAGUCAUCUGCUGCAGGGAACUUGAAGAUCCUUUGGUGCACAGACUAACAUAAAAGCAGCUAUG